ACCCCAGUCGCACCCUUCAAUCUGGACUGAGGCGUUGACCCCGUUGACCCUGGUGCAAUCCCUAGCAUCGUCGGGCCAGCUCCAGCACGCACGUACAUACAUAUAGACACCCAUAGGUGCCCUCUGCUCCUUGGUAUAGCGCCAUGACGGACCAGGACAUAGUGAACACGUUCUUACGAUCGGUCAACAAUGGCUCCUUCACCACGUCCUCUUUCUUUCAGCAUUUACAGGAUUCUAUUCCCCUUUCUGAUCUAUACGAGAAGUCCUUCAACCACUGGAUAAGCGUGCUCGACAGAUGGAUCAAAACUAUGGCACCGACCACAACGCGCAUUAAGGAUGGCGAUGCGGCGCAAUUCGCCAAGGACAGGAAGGCGUUCGAAGUUUCCGUAAAGAUCGCACAGAUGCCGGAAGUGCUAGACCAAUAUGAAGAAAUCACACCAGCAGCACGGACUGUACAUGCCAAUGAUCUGAAGCGGCGGAUCGAAAGAUUGGGGGCACAACAUGGGAGAGAAAACCAGAAAAGGCCGCGAGGAGAAUCUACCCAUGAAACACCAAAUGCUGCACCACUUCCGCCGUACGUAGAGCAGGAAGAAAGCAAUGACGCAGAUAUACCUGGCUUACGAGAGAUGUUGAAUGGGGGAGACGUGGAAUGCGCCGACGACCUGAGGAUUGGAGAACGUAGUUUGAACGUAUCACAUAUCAUCAGGAGUGUUGUCCGCGAUAUACUUCUUGAUGAACAAGUUCCCCUUGAGGCACAGGUGUUCUCACAGUACAAAGUACUAAGAGCCAUCUCUCUCCGCAAAGGACUCGUAUUGCAGAAGGUUCGCCCUGGGCCGUACAGUCGUUAUAUCACCCACAACGACUGGGCGCAUCUUUACGAAGCUGUAACCCAAGGGGACACUCUUUGGGCGGCGACUGCUCGUCCCGCAUCCUCAGCUCUGGCGUCGGCGAGCAGCCUGCUAGAGACCUCCAUUCUCGCCGGCGAUGAGGACGAAAGCCCCGAAUUUCGGGAUAUCGCACGGGACUAUCGACAGUGUUUGGAGACGUUAUACCCCCAUCUAUCGGUAGAUGCGCCUGGUCCAGAAAGCGAGGCAAGCUUUACUGCCAAAUUCUGCAGCCCGCACUUCAAUCGCCUCGCAAAAAAAAUUUGGCGGAUCCAAUAUGACAGCACGAUGAACGGGCGAGCUCGACCAGAUAUCACUCUGUCUGCGCAAGGUCGACCUCUCUGGCUUGGCGAGCUGAAAUCACCUUAUGCCUCGAAUCACCUCCGCCGCCUCGAACUCGCCGACGGCCUACUCCGUGCUUUGGAACAUCUGAAAAAAGAUGUAGCAAAGUACGAUUGGGGCGAUGACAUUCCUAGUCUGAUGACUUGCAUAGCACCGGACGGCUUGACGUUCUAUCUCUACCGGAUCGAGAUUCGCUAUCCUGUCUACCUGUUCGUCCAAAUCGGCAUGAUUCCCAUUGCAAAUUCUCUCGAGAACAUCGCGAAUCUUCCACGGUGCCUCAUGGCGGUUGACGAGUUGAAGAAAAUGCUGGAAACCCACUGGACCAAGAUUGAAAAGCAUCGACACCGCCACGCAUUCGAAACCCGCGCUGCGGUACCGCUCACCCCUAACAAUGUGAAGCUGCUCGCGGCGCUGCGGACGGUAUAUCCCGAAGCGGUCUCUCCAAUGAAGUUGGUACGAAAACCAUCGAAAAAGAAGCUGAAAGACGGAAAGGACAGUGAGGAGCAGGAGGAGGAGUAAACCAGGUUUGGAAGGGGCGUACAUUUUGGAUGCGAGGACAUAAGUGAGGACACGGAAUGAUCAGGCGUAGAAGGAAACAAACGGCGUGAAAAUAUGGAUGUAUAUGAGCCAAGCCCGAGGGACGAAGCAGGGUAUGAUUGACCUUUGGAUAGCGCUAUAUAAUACACCUAUACACCUAUACACAGGUGUGCAAGGUUUACGAAGCAGCUGUACACGCAAUCUUCUUGUUGAACAUAACGGGGACCUUCCUUUGGGAGGGAGGAUGCAACGGGCGAAGGCAGGACGGAAACGGAGGAAAGCGACAGCGCGUUUCCGACAUGUCGAAAUCCCGUGGGGUGGAUUCGAGAGCCGGAUGGUCUCGCAGUUCUCUUUCGGCGCGUCCUAUCUAAUAAUCGAAUAUUCCUCGCCGGAUUGAUAGAGCAUUCUUAGGCGACCUCCA